AAAAUCUUUAAGAUGGAAUGAUUGUAAGUGUUCCCACAACAAAGCACGUUUUCUUUAAUUCUAGUAUUUGCGGUGUAUCCAUUUAACUCGUGUUUAGUGUUGUCACUCAGUUCAGCUUCUGCUUCGCUUCUCUCUCUAUGCUCAGCUCUGCUCUCUUCAACUUCUAGGGCAAAAGCUUCAGCGAUCGAGAUUCAGCUUCUUCUUGGUGUUGUAAAGAUGGUGGAGACACUUUUUGAAGAUAUAUUUCGAAUUGAUGCGAUAGACCCGGAUGGAAAAAAGUUUGAUAGGGUCUCUCGUAUUUCUGCUAGGAGUGAGCAGUUUGACAUGCUGAUGCACCUUGAUAUCAACACUGAGAUUUAUCCUAUGCGUGCUGGGGAGAAGUUCAUGAUGGUAUUGGCAUCCACUCUGAACUUGGACGGAACGCCCGAUUCUGGCUACUACACUCCGGGUAACAAGAAAUCGCUGGCAGAUAAGUUCGACUAUGUCAUGCAAGGAAAACUGUACAGAAUCUCCGAGGAAUCUAGGGAGAAGCAAGUAAAAGCGGAUAUAUAUGUCUCGUUCGGUGGACUUCUGAUGAUGCUGAAGGGGGACCCUUCCAUUGCUGCUAGAUUUGAGCUUGAUCAGAAGCUGUUUAUUCUAAUUAGGAAGGUCUGAGUUAGAGAUGUUAAUCACCAAACAAAAUACCUCGACUUCUAAAUGUAUGCUCUUGGCUAACUUGUCGACUAAAUGUAUCAGAAAUUCUCAGUUAGAAACA